CUCGAGAGUUCAAAAGAUGUCCCUGCCAGCUGGCACUUGUCCACCAGGCUGCAGCUAGGGAAGCGUAGGGCUCCUAUGGUUGAGAGAUCAGGGCCUUGGGCAGUGCAUUGCCGCGCCGUUGCACUUGGACAAGCAUUGAUGGUGGACUCUGCAGCUGCGGUGGCCAGACCUUGAGAAACUCAUCUGGCCUGCUCGCUCUCUUGAAGUUGAAGCCUGUGUGCAUCUCUUCUGGGGCCGCGUCGUUUUGCAAGACGAGGUUUUUUGACAAGCCGUUUCGGCCGGUUGUCCCUUGAUUCAUCAUGGGGCUGUUUGGGACCCUUCUGAGUUUCAUGGGGUUCGGGGGGGGCAUCGGCGUGGGCCUGCUGAUUGGCUACUUCAUGUUUGUGUACACCCUGCCCAGCAAGGUGGAGGACCCUCCGCUGAAGUCGGUGUCUGACCAGGACCCCAAGGGUCUGGAGCGCAUGGUCAAGGAUGUGCCCAUGUGGGUCAGCUCCCCUGACUGGGAGAGGGUUGGUUGGUUGAACCGCUUUGUGCGGGAGCUGUGGCCCUUUCUGGACCAGGCGGUGGCCAAGACGGUGCAGGACAUGGUGAAGCCCAUGAUCAAGCAGUACAAGCCAGCCCAAGUGGAGAGCGUGGAGUUUGAGGCGCUCACACUCGGGACGCUCCCCGCGCUUAUCGACGGGGUGAAGGUGUAUGAGACGAACGAUGACGAAGUGAUUCUGCAGCUCAACGUGAAGUACGCUGGCAACCCCAACAUCAUCGUUGCUGCCAAGGCGUUUGGAAUGAAGGCAACCGUGCAGGCGACGGAGGUGCAGGUGUGGGCGCAGGUGCGCGUGACGCUGAAGCCGCUGAUCCCGGUGUUCCCGUGCUUCAGCAACAUCACCAUCUCCCUCAUGACCAAGCCACAUGUCGACUUCGGGCUGAAGCUGCUGGGAGGGGACGUGAUGGCUAUCCCCGGACUUUAUCACUUUGCCCAGGACCGCAUCAAGAAGAUUGUGGACACCAUGCUGCUGUGGCCCCACAAGAUGGAGAUCCCGCUCGGCGGAGUUGUCGGCACGCGGCCGGUGGGCAUCCUGCACGUGAAGCUGGUGGAGGGCAAGAACCUGCGCAAGACGGACGUGUUUGGCUCCACCGACCCCUUCGUCGAGAUGGCCUUCACCGGGGACGACAAGCCGCAAAAAAGCAAGACGCUGAAGAAGGACCAGAACCCGACGUGGAACGAGGAGUUCCAGUUCGUGGUGCGCGACCCCACCACGGACAAGCUCACGCUGCAGGUCUACGACUGGGACAGGACGUCGUCCAACACAAAGACGGGCGUGGCGGUGGUUGCGCUGAAGGACUUGGUGGGCAAGGGCGAGCAGGACCUGUGGCUGGACCUGGCCAAGACGGCCGCGGGACCGACGGAAGGCGACAAGGGGUACGGCCAGCUGCACGUGGUGGCGCACUACAAGGAGCUCAAGGACGAGAUGGACACGGACGAGACGCCGCCGGGGGGGGGCGAGGCCGCCGUGGAGAAGGCGCCGGCGGGGACGCCCAAGGGGGGCGGCGUGCUGGUGGUGAUCGUGCACAAGGGCGAGGAGCUGGAGGCCAAGAACGGCACGCCCACCGCGUACGUCAAGCUCAAGUACCGCAACAUCGAGUUCAAGACCAAGCCGGUGAAGAAGAGCGAGAGCCCGGAGUGGGAGGAGCGCUUCGAGUUCAUCUUGCAGCAGCCGCCCGCGGGGGACCAGCUGCACGUGGAGGUGAAGAGCAAGGACUCGGACAUGCUGGGCAAGCUGACGCACCACAAGAGUACGAUUGGGGACGUGGACAUUCCGCUGAACGACGUGGUGUCGAACCGGCGCAUUAACGACGUGUACCAGCUCAACAACUCACGCCAUGGCGCCGUCAAGAUCGAGCUCCAGUGGCUCACGCCCUAGGGCCUGCCAGAUGCAGGCUCCGCUCGCGCGUCUCUGCCACUAACGACACUUGUCAUCCGGUCCAGUGUUUCGAGUGCCCCUCUGACUCUUCGGAAGACGUGCUAAAGUCAGCUGGAUGUUCCUAAGCGGUUGUACAAAAGAACUGGUCGUAGUCGUUAUUUACAGACAAGGUAGUUACUGUUCUUCGAAGUGUUGACCUGAGUUUUCUUGGCCGUUGGUUGGCGUCGUCCAUGAAUGGGCAGUUCUAGUCCACAAGCCUGAGGACUCCAGCGGGCGGUGCUGGAUAUGGAGUGCACGUUGUCAUGGCCCUACCGCACAUGUGCGACGUGUAUGGAAUUACAUUGUACGCAAGGUUAUACCACCGGCCUUAGAUCUUUGUAGGGGGUGGCAAAACGAUUCUGCAAUUCUGCUAACGCUCGUUUGUGCGUAAGCGAUGAAACUGCUCCUACGUUUCUUGUACGACCAGAGCAUUGAUCAGGGUAGUUGCAC